CCCCAGAUCCCCCCCCCCCCGGCUACAUCCCUGCAGGAACACUGGUGUAGCAACUAGUAAAUGCUAUGACUCUGUUGUUUCACAAGAACAUGUAAAAACAUCCAGAGUGUAGAAAAAGUUCUUUUGCUUGGAGUCUAUCUCUUAGUUUCCCAACACAACUCUUGGUUAUGACAGCUGGGGAAUCCUAGGCGUUAUAGACUUAAAUAAUCUUUUAGUCCUGAUUCGAAUAGACCCAUUGGAUCCAUUAAAUUUUAUGUGUUGAUUCACCAUUCAAUAAUUGAAUAAGGGGGUCUAAACUAACUGGGAAUAACCAACAAGAUAUGAGCUAUAGAGUAAUAGUUAAGCACAUUUGCUUGGUUCAACCCUAUAUGUAUUCCCAACUAUAGCUGAAUCAAUUUCAAAGAUCUUUGGGAAUGCUUUGACUAAGACUUCCUGCAUGGCAGGGGGUUGGACUGGAUGGCCCUUGUGGUCUCUUCCAACUCUAUGAUUCUAUGAUUCAAUUGUUGAAUGGUGAGUCAACAUGUACAUAAAUCUCAUUGAUUCAAUAGGUCUCCUCUAGUUAGGAACACCAAUAGAAUUCAAGUCUUCUUCCCUCCAAAUAACCUUUCCAGUCUUUGGGCACUAUCCACAUAUGCUUUAGCCUAUUAAUUAUACUUCCUUGUCUGUUCUUUGUCAAAUUUUAGUAGGUCUACUAUGCCAGCAUUGGAAAUGUCACCCUUGGAAGGCCUGAGGAUGAUCACAGCAACGGAAGCCUUCAUUGCCACUGCUGUUUUCUUGUCGCUCUUCAUGAUGGUCAAGUCCUUCUGGAAUCGGAUCCCUGAGGGCCUGAAGAAGAUCCCUGGGCCGAUGGGUUACCCAGUGAUUGGCAACAUGUUGGAGUUGGGGAAGAACCCUCACCUGAGUCUGACAAAGAUGAGAAAGAAAUACGGAGAUGUGAUGAUGAUACAUAUCGGCACCACCCCCGUGUUGGUGCUGAGUGGGCUGGAAACCUUACGCCAGGCCUUGAUACGGCAAGGAACUGAGUUCAUGGGACGUCCGGACCUUUACAGCUUCCAUUACAUAGUCAAUGGGCAGAGCCUGGCUUUUGGCUAUGAUUCGGGAGAAGUGUGGCGAGUCCGGAGGAAAAUGGCCCAGAAUGCCUUGAAGACCUUUGCUGCCUCUCCCAGC